GGAUCUGGCAACCCGUCCUCAGCCGCAGCCAUUACUCUGCUAACGCUAACAGCUAGCUGUCUCUACGACACAGUCUUUAACCUUAUCUAACCUGAUCUAAACACACAACAGCUUCUCCAGCAGCCGCAGCGCUCUGAUUUAUCCACAGAGCUGCGAGAAUGAGCGACAUUGAGGAGGGAAACUUCGCGAGAAGAGAUUCCCGCUCUCCUUCCAAGUCGGAGCGGGGCAGUCCGGUCCGCGGGAAGUCCCGCAGCAGGUCUGGAUCCCGCAGCCCAUCCCGAGCCUCCAAACGCUCCGAGUCCCGCUCACGCUCCAGAUCCAAGUCCAGCAGGUCUCGCUCUCGCCGUCACUCCAACCGCCGCUACAGCCGCUCUCGCUCUCACUCGCGUCGCAAGAAGUCCCGCUCUCGCUCCUACAGCCCAGAGUACCGGCGCAGGAGGAGCCAGAGCACGUCGCCCAUGUCCAACCGCCGACGCCAUGCCGGCAGUCGGAGCACGUACAGCCAUGACAAAAAAGAUUCGGUCAGUCAUGGUGAUGCCAGGGCGAAUCCAGACCCCAACACGUGUCUGGGUGUGUUCGGGCUGAGUCUGUACACCACAGAGCGGGACCUGAGGGAGGUGUUCUCCCGCUACGGCCCCCUCGCUGGAGUUAACGUGGUGUAUGACCAGCGCACCGGACGCUCCCGUGGAUUCGCCUUCGUCUACUUCGAGCGGAUAGACGACUCCAAAGAGGCUAUGGAGCGAGCCAAUGGGAUGGAGCUGGAUGGGAGACGCAUCAGAGUGGAUUACUCCAUCACUAAAAGGCCGCACACCCCCACUCCUGGAAUCUAUAUGGGACGCCCCACACAUAACGGAGGAGGAGGAGGAGGAGGAGGAGGCGGCGGCAGCAGCAGCAGUGGAGGUGGAGGAGGAGGAGGAGGAGGAGGAGGACGCAGGCGAGACUCGUAUUAUGACCGCGGCUACGACCGAUACGACAGAUACGACGAGUACGACUACAGAUACAGUAGGAGGCGCUCUCCGUCACCGUACUAUAGUCGCUACAGGUCCCGUUCACGAUCACGCUCCUACAGCCCACGACGAUACUGAGGUCGUGAACGCUGCGGAGUUGCGGGGAAUGGUCCUGGGUGUGAGAACGUUAAAUGAAGCUAUUACAUAUCUCAAUAAUCUCCAGAAAUACAGAAAUAACAGUGGUUUAAACAGAGCUGCUGUGAUUUAGACCCAGAUUCGUUUUGGUUUAAUAGACGUCUUAAUUAGUUCUUUCCGGUGUGACCGUGAUGAUUUAUUCUCUAAAGGAGUUCAGAGGUUCUGGGCAUGCACAUGAUGAUUAUGAUGAUGAUGAUUUUCUUUAUUUUUAUUUCUCCUUUAUUUUGUAGUGCAUAUGUGUUUGUACAUACAGAAGAUAGACGGUUCUGAACAGGUAUGAAUGUGCUGAUUGAUGUGUGUAGUGUUCAGUGCGUAUUUACAAUACAUGUGUUUUUAAGACGAAUGAGAAUGUAUACGACAUUCUAACAGUACGCUUAAACCCUCGGUUGUGUGACGACACCCACUGUUGUAUUUUGUCCUUUAUUAACGUCUUUUCUUUUUCAAGGAAUAAAAAGAAAUCCAGUCCUUGUA